UUGGCUGGCGGAUGACGUAGUUUUGGCGCCAAACGGCGUUGUUGCCGGAAGUGUCGUCGCCAGCAUGGACCUGCAGCAGUUCGAGCGGGACAAUUCUCAGAGCUGUCUUCUGGCAUCUCCGGUACCGGCUCAGUGCAAGGAGGAGCCGUGCUGCCUGGGGAUAGAUGAGGCCGGCAGGGGGCCCGUCCUGGGUCCCAUGGUUUACGGCAUCUGUUAUUGUCCUGUCUCCCGGAAGAAAGAUUUGGAGGACCUAAAAGUUGCAGACUCCAAAACGUUAAGUGAAUCGGAGAGGGAGCGGCUCUUCGAAAAGUUGAAUGGGGCAACAGACUUCAUUGGCUGGACUAUACAUAUCCUGUCACCCAAUGUCAUCUCUACCAGCAUGCAGCAAAGGGCCAAAUACAACCUCAAUGCUUUAUCCCAUGACACUGCAAUAGGCCUCGUUCAGCAUGCCCUGGACAAUGGAGUACAGGUUACAGAGGUAUUUGUGGAUACAGUGGGUCCUGCUGAUAAAUAUCAAGAAAAACUGAAGAAACUUUUUCCUGGUGUGGAAGUGACAGUGAAGCCCAAAGCUGAUUCUCUUUUCCCUGUGGUCAGUGCAGCAAGUAUCUGUGCUAAGGUUUCCAGGGACAGAGUGGUAAAGGGCUGGAAGUUCCUGGAGGAUUUAGGUGAAACUGAUGUCGAUUACGGCUCUGGAUACCCAAAUGAUCCAAAGACUAAGGAAUGGCUGGCUAAACACCUAGAUCCUGUUUUUGGAUAUCCCCAGUUUGUUCGGUUCAGCUGGAGCACUGCACAGACUAUUCUAGAGAGCAAAGCUGCCCCAGUGCUAUGGGGCGAUGAUGAAGAGGACGCAGGUAAAUCUUCCUCACACUCUCUCCUCUCCUUCUUCGCUGCCACAAAGGAUCCUUCAAAGCCCCAGAGUCACAGGUUCUUCACGGAGCGACAACUGGAGCCCCUGGUUGAUUUGUAGAAGAGAUCUGACCGUGAAGUAUCCCAAAAACCUUAUAGUCCUGGAAACACAUUACAGUAUAAUACCCAAAUACUACUACACUCCUUGACAUCUGUUUUACAACCUUUGGGCUUUAAACAUGGUGGAAUUUUCUAGAGCUUAAAAAUCCAGCUAGGAAAUUCUGAUACAUAACGUUAAAGGGGAGGAAAAAAGCUUUCAAAUCAACUGUUACAGGUUGUAAUUUACUUCUGUAUAAAAAUCUUAAUCCUUCCAGUACUUAUCAGCUGCUGUA